AUGCGCGAGAGCACAGAAACCACAAACACCUUUGGUGUAUGCUAUUCCCAGUCGGGAGUACUAGCCGCAUCCCACGCUUGUGACAGCAAUGUGGUUGCAGAGCGGCCGAUCUCAUGUUUUGACUUACAGCAGUCCGAGCAAUCCAUGGCGGCAUCCAACAUCCACACCAACGUUCUCCACCCACCACCCAUUGUUACAUACAACAAAGCUCCUGUUAUUCAUAGCCCAGCGCAGUCUAUGGAGGCAUCUGCCAGUGAGGUUCAUGACCCACUGCAGUCUAUUGAAUCAUCAUCAGCUGCAGAAGUGGAGACUGUGGCGCAAAGCCUGAAGAGGCUGGAGUGUUUGAUUGAGGCAAACACUGAAAGGCAGAACGUCCAGUUUAUCGAAAUCAAACGUACUUUAUUGGCAAACGGUGAUCUUGCACAGCAGAGCAUUGUUCUCGCGCACCGGAGUCUAAAGAGGGCUGAGGAUGCAAUUAAAUUAGCAGAGGAUAUCAAGAACGAUACAAGGGGUCUGGGUGAGAUGGAUGCGUCUAACAAAACAUUGUUAGCAAGGCUAAAGGAUUUACUUUUGGGCGUUCGUUUGCCGACACUUACGACUACAGAGCCAUGA